AUGCUGCUACGGAAGGAGUUCUCGUCGCUUCGAAAACGGGUGCUGCUGGGCGUGCAGCCGAAAAACCUCCUUCUGCCCAAGGUCAAGAAGAUAGGCAUCCCAGACGAAACAACCAUCAACAGAGGCACGAUAUGUGUGGUGAGCCCGACCAGCAAAGACCAUAAGGAGCGUCUGAACGAGAUGAAGUCGUGUUUUUUUCUCCCAAUAUCCAUCGUGGAGAAUGGCCUAAAUGAAAAGCCUUUGCAUUCCCUUAGCAUCAAAUCCGUCCAGUAUAACGAUAUCAGCAUCACCAGCCAGGGCAGGGACCUUGAGUUUCGGAUUUCCCGUAAUAAAGACCAUUUGUUCUUUUGUUACGAUAAUGCAUUUGUCGAUAAAUUGGCCAUUCCACGAGGCACUAUCGAUAAGAUCUUGUUUAGUCCACUGAUGGACUGUUUCCUAGUCAUAUUGCACAAGCGUUUUGGCCAUAUUAUGGUCCGCUACGAGCCCAGAGACGAUGAACACCUACUACGAUUCUUUCAGCGUAAUGAAGAGCUCUGGGGUCAGGUUUCUAGAGUGGAUAACAUUGAUCACAUCUACUCCAAGAUCGUUCGUCUGCGAGAACUGUUGAAUAAGGAUCCAGAGAUGCUCGUACGCGUGGAUUCCGAUCAUAAUGACGAUAGUUCAGGUUCAGAGUCACAGCAUCCUACCAAUCUUUCCACGUCGUCUGACCUGGUACUCAAAAGCGGCCUACCGAGCCUUCCUACUCCAACAAAAAGGCCCAUUGACGGCAGAGCAACAAGGUCAGCUACGCGAUCAGCUCUGCAAGACCCUUCUUCUGAGCCUUUUAAGGCUGUUUCAAUGGGCGAAAAUGGAGAAAUGUUGAUCGAAGGUGACGAAGCAGACACUGAAGCACCUCGUGAACAGGAAGUCCCUGCGGCUUUUGAUCCCCCAUUGAAGUACUCUUUGGCAAACGGCAAGAAAUUCGCCAUAACUUAUAAUGACUUCAAAACGCUAUACAAUAAUGACUGGAUUAAUGACACACUUAUAGACUUUUUUAUUGCUUACGAGAUAGACAAGGCUGUCACGGAGCUCAAGCUGAUCAAGGAGGAUGAAGUUUAUGCAUUCAACUCCUUCUUCUUCACAAAACUAAUGUCCAAGCCUGAAGAGCAGGAGGAACCGCCAGACUACUAUGGCAACAUUCAGAGAUGGUUGAGCAAAGUGGAUCUUAUGUCAUACCAGUCCGUCAUCAUCCCUAUAAACGAGCAUUUGCAUUGGUACUGUUGCAUUAUCAAAGACCUUCCUAAACUCCUACGAGCUGCCAAAAGACGCCAGGCCGCUGAAAAGAAGGAACAGGAGAAGGAUAAAUCUUCAGCGGGUCCUGCCCCUGAUGAAUCACCAAAGAAACCUGAGCCGGUUGCGGAAGUCUUUGUUUUCGAUUCGCUUAGACAUCGUCAUCCUAAUAUUGAAGCGCCUUUGAGAAAGAUUAUUGAUCAGUAUUCUCAAGACACCUAUGGCGUACCUAUACCUGCUGACUUGAUCAAGUUCACCAACGCCAGAGUACCUCAGCAACGUAACUUCAACGAUUGUGGAAUUCAUGUGAUCUGUAAUGUUGGAAAAUGGCUCAGUGAACCUCUUAUCUGUGAAAGAAUGUGGAGAAAGAUGCCUAAGAAUUCCAGAGGGUAUUUCAAUAUUUCAGAAAGGUUAGUUAUGAGAAAGAAGCUUAUUGAUUUGCUACUUGAACUUCAUCUGAAGCAGCCACCAGACGAAAGCAACAGUGGCUCUGGAAAAGAGGAGGAAGAGUCCGAUGACGAAAUCGAGGUUAUUUCGUACUUCUCUUCGAAACCAGAAACUGCACCUGAAGAUGAAACGGCAAUGCAAGAUACUUCAAAGUCUCCUGAGAAGGCUUCUCCAGAAGGAUCUGUCACAGAGGAGAAAUCAGAUGAUGGUGCAACCGGCGAGAAAGCUCAAGUUAGCCUUUUUGAUACUCUUCUCAAAUCCUCUCAAAAGAAGCUGAAGCCUGAAGAUACUCCAAAGCAUAAGACCACCCUGAAAGCAGAUACAUCCGUUGAUCUCUCUUCUGAGAAGGAAAAGAAGCCCAAGCAAAGAAGAUUAAGCGACUCGAAGUUCCCAGUACGCACGUUAGAUCCCAGAGCCAUGUCGCUGCCUAAUCUGCUGGUUUUCUCGACAAAGAAGGAACCUUCCUCUGGACUGUUUCUACAAGUUGAGCAUCCGCAAAUCAGAAGGCUUCUACUUCGUCUGAAAGUCAAACCACACACUGUGGAAUUUUUGAAUAAAUUCUUCAGCGACCAUACGCGCCAGUACGGUCUUGAGAAGCAGCUUGCAAUCAAGGAUUUCGUUGAUAAGUACAAUUUCUUUGACCCCAAGAAGGAGCACAUGCAAUCUGAAGUUCUUGCAACCAAGCUAAAGGAAACGUUCAAAGAGCCAGCAGCGCCCAUGGAAGAGCCAUUUGUGAUCCAGGAUGCCGACGACAGCAAUGGUGAGCUCAAUCGAAGCGUAGGGGACUUGAGGAUCAACAGCGAUAACCCUUCACAGUCUGACGUCGAAGUUGAAGACCUCAAACACACGCUUUCAAAGCUGCUGAAAAGUGACGGAAGUGAUCUAGAGAUAAUCGAAGAUAAGUGGAGGAUACAUUCCAACCCUAACUCGUCCUACCAGAGCAGUUCUCCAAAAGGCUCUCCCAAGACAUCUAGAUUAUCACCCAAGGGGUCCAAAUCGAGAUUGAAUGGGCACGUAAGAUCAGGCAGUAACGACAAAGGCGGUGAAGAUUUUCUACUGUUUUUCUCCAGAAAAGCCCUAGGACCAAAACGAAGACGUUUGGAUGCCGCCAGAUCUGACUCCAGCGGUCGUGCAGACAAGAGCUUGUAG